AAGCCCAAAUUGGCCAAUCUUCCCGCCCUGCCGCCGUCCGCCCGAGAAUGUCCGUCUCCGCCGCCCUACAACGGUGUCUGUUCCAAGACAAGGACGGCGGAAGCGGAGCACCCCAUACCGCCAUCAUCAAGAACCGCUUCUUCAGUUUCUUAAUCUGGCAAUUCCUCCAAUCGACCUUCCUUCUCUUCCUCUCCAAAACCCUCUUCUUCCCCCUCUUCACUCACCGCCCCUUCUCGCCGGUUCUCCUUUCCCUCCUCUCCUUCCUCGCCUUCCACUUCUCUUUCCUUCUCUUCUCCAUUUCCAUCUUCUUCAUCUCCUCUCCCCACCCCUUACCGUACGCCUCCCCAUUCGAAGUCUCCCUUUCCUUUCUCCGAGUUAUCUUCGUUUCAGGAGGCGACCGGAGUUUGUUGAGGAGGAAGGUGGAAGUUUCGUUGAGCUUCGUGCUGUUCGUGAUCCUUUGUGCCGUGGCAGGGGCGAUAUCUGUCGUUUGUCUGUGCUGGGGUUGUGAUGUUUACUAUUUUGGCGGAUCGAAUUCAGUUGUUUUGAAUUUGGGAUUUAGGGCUUCCGUGAUUGGUCUGCUGUAUGGGUUGCAUUAUGUGUAUAGGAAGCGCUGGGUCUUGCGAUUUCCGAUUAUUCAGAGAGCUCCAUUCUUCAGCUUCAAAAUGGGGAUUCUCUCAUCUAUUGGCUCGGCCUUCAAGUUUUCUGCUGUUGGUUGCUUCUUGUCUGGACUACUGGUUUUGUUUCUUCCUAAUGAGUACAGAAUUGGAGGUUCCAUGGGACAGUAUAUUGUUGAAAACUUUAUAUUCUAUGCUGGGAGUUUUGUAGUACUUCUCUGUUGGGAGCUGAAUCAUCAUUUACACCAGGUACUACAGACCAAGAGGUAUGCAUUUGCACUACCAAAAGGAUCAGCAGCAGCCGAAACAAAUCCAAGCGAGCCACUCCUGGCUACACUAGAGGAGAGCACACCAAAGUCACUUCUGCAGUACCUUGCGUAUCUUGAUCUGUGUAUGGUAAGCGAGAACAAUGUUGACACAUGGCGCCGAGCUGCAUUUUUUGAGGAGACUGGUGAGACAUAUAAAAGAGUUAUAGCUUCUUGCCUGAGACCUCUAGAAGAGUUCACUCGAAAGCUUGCUGAAGGUCUGGAGAGUUCUUCAACUGAAAAAUCAUUGCAAUUAUCAGUUCAACUGAGUUUGCCAACAGAUCGGCUAGCUCUGACGGUGGAUGAUGCGGUGGAGAAAUACGUGGGAUCGUUCGGGUGCUCCCAGCUGCUGCAGGUGCUGUUCGCCUCCCUGGCUUGGAUGUUCGAUUCUCAGACCACGCUCGUCACCAUCUUCGCCGACGCUCAGCCGCGGUGCCGCCAACAUUGCGGCGGCGCCGGCAAUACGACCUCCACCGUCGCCGAAUGGGGGCUCAUUUGCCACCGGAGAUUCCUCGCCGCCCUCCCGGCGUCGCUCUACUUUCUCGGUUCUGUAAUAGGUUCGGCGGUGUUCGGCUGGGUCGCCGACGUGCUGUUGGGAAGGAAAAGAUCGAUGGUGCUGUCGUGUCUGCUGACGUCGGCCACCAAUUUUCUGACGUCAUUAUCCCCCAGCAUUUGGAUUUACUCUCUUCUCCGUUUUUUAAACGGAAUAUCCCGGGCGGGCAUCGGAAUAUGCUCUCUGGUGCUCUGCACGGAGAUGGUCGGCCGGAAAUGGCGCGGCCAGGUCGGCCAAGUCGGGUUCCUCUUCUUCACGGCGGGGUUCUUGUCGACGCCGUUGAUUGCUUAUCCGACGAGGGGUUGCUGGCGGUGCCUCUACCGGAUCAUCUCCGGCGUCCCGCUCGCCUACUCGGUGCUCGUGCUGAUUCCGUUCGUGUCGGAGUCGCCGAGAUGGCUUCUUGUGCAGGGACGAGGGGAUGAGGCUCUGCGGGUGCUGAGGCGAUACGCGAGGAUUAAUGGGAGGGAGCUGCCGGAGAAUUUGAAGCUUCGGAUGAAGCCGGACGGCGGCACGGCGGGGUCGCCGGCGGGGAAGCUGUGGAGGACGAAAUGGGCGGCGAGGAGAAUGGCGGUGGUGAUGGCGGCGGGAUUGGGAGUGGGGUUCGUGUACUACGGGAUCCAGCUGAAUGCGGAGAAUCUGGAGCUCGACAAUCUGUAUCUGACGGUGGGGGUGAACGCGGUGAUGGAGAUUCCGGCGGUGGUGGUCGGCGGCGUGCUGCUGAGACUGGUGCCACGGCGGGUGCUGUUCGCGGCGGCGGUGUUUGUGGCGGGGGGCGCGUGCCUGCUGUGCGCUGUGGUGCGGGGGGGCGCGGCGCAGAUGACGGCGGAGGCGGUGGGGUUCAUGGCGGCGUCGGGGGGGUUCGACGUGCUGUACAUCCAGUGCGUGGAGAUGUUUCCGACGAGCGUGAGGAACUUCGCGGUGGCGAUGGUGAUGCAGAUGCUGACGCUGGGGGCGUCGGUGUGUCCGGUGAUGGUGGCGGUGGGGAGGGUGAGGGCGUGGGCGGCGUUUCUGGCGCUGGGGGUGCUGGCGGUGGCGAGCGGAAUGCUCAGCCUGUGGCUGCCGGAGACGAGGGAUUCGCCGUUGAUGGAGACGAUGGAGGAGGAGCAGGAGCGCGUGGAAGACACGGAAAUGGUGCAGCAGCAGCACAGCCGUGGAGUGGUGUGAAAUAAUUUUGAAUUCUAUGCCCGUGGAUCUUGUCCCGAAAAUAUAAACCUUGUCCGUCUAUCUACACAUAGAUAAUGUCUCAACAUACGAUACUAUGCAUGGGAAUAGAAUAUUAAUGAAAUAGAAAAUUCGGUCCAAAUCUUAUGUAAGGAAGAAAAAUGUGGUAG